AUGCGUUUAGCAUUUAUAUUAGCUCUCAUCGUCGCUACCGUAGCGCCCUACAACCUCGUGCAAUCCAAUAAAACGCCGCGAAAAUGGUAUAUCGUUGCCGGGAACGACUACGCGAUCGUUGACUACGAAAGGGCCAACCUUUUCUUCAGAGUGUGGCGGGAUCGGCAAACGUUGCACGAGUUUGAUGAGUGGGCCCCUAGCGCGUGGGCGAUCAAGAAACUCACUGAAAAUCGGACGGUUGGCGUCUCGACCAAGGGGCCUUUGGAGGUCGUCGUCAUCGUGGCGGAGCCACCAAGACAUUUUUUAUUCGCGGCGCCAAGCUUCACCGAGAUUGAUCGCGAAAAGCAUAUGAUGCUCAAAACCUCGACCCCGAACUUCAUCGAGCAUUUCGUCGAUCAGGAGUGGAAUCGCGUUUCCUAUAAAAUCGAGCUAAUGGCGGUGAAUGGAGAACCGGAGAAGGUUCUCGCGGGCAACGAAUGCGAGGCACAGCAUUUCAUCCAUGAAGCUGCAAGCCAGGAAACAGCAAGCCAGGAAGGACGUGUUCCGGUUCUUCUUCUGCUCACCUGCCUGCUCGGAUUCUACACCAACACCGUGGCCGCCGACUGCUACCAGUGCGCCGAGGGACUAUCCUCCGGAGAGGCCGCUGUGCUCACCGACUAUACCGCUGGCAUCACAGACCCCAAGCCCUGCGCCUCCAUCACGGAGGGGACGACGCCGACGUGCCCGGGCAAUAAGUGCAUCCACAUGGUUGUUGACGCGCAGCCAACGGUGCACCUUCGGAACUGUGCCACGCCAAAGCCUUGGAGAAAUGGGAGGCUGGAGCUGGGGAAGAAAGGAGCCGCCUGGGCUCAAGCCUGCGAGGGUGAUCGCUGCAACAAGCUGUCGGUUGACGAGCUGAAGGAGAUUGCCGUCGAUAUGAAGGCCGAGGACGCCAAGGACGACAAGGACGCCAAGAAGUCGACUGGCUCGUCCAUCUCCGCCAUGUUGCCCGUCAUCGCCUUCCUCGUCGCCAAUAUGCCAGCUUUCUUC